UUUUAAAUCCAACUGCAGGCUGAUGCCCCAGCAUUGAGCAGGACCAGGGGCUGCUGCCCUAUGCAAGCAGGACUGUGUGGCACCCAGGCAUGGGCCAAGCACAGCUUCAUGUUUCACAGUUGCUCAGCAUCCCCAAUCUCUUCAUGAAGAUGCAGCAGUGCUCAGCGUGAAGGCGCGGGUGGAGCAGUCUGUUAUCUGCUGCGUGUGCUGCUGUUAUCUGACGUGGCCUGUGGGAAUCCUGAGCGUCAGUUUGGAAAAUGAACUGAAGCAGCGAGGAAGGCUCACUUCAGCUCUACUUCUGACUUUGUUGAGGGGGGAAAGCGCACAAAUGGGUACGCAGCUGCAAUUUUUUUCCCCACUGUGCGAUUAGUUUUGAUGCUAUAAGUUUCUUUUAGCAGGGUUCCAGCUGCGUGUGGGCUCUCCUGUGCAGCAGGGCCCCCGUCCCGCUGCCUCAGCUCUGCGCUGUCUGUGCCCCGAAGCCGGUUCCCCUCACAAGGCCACCGCGCCCGGGCCCACCACGCAUGCGCAGCCCCGCGAAUCCUCUCCCAUCAUCCCCCGCGGCGGGCGCGGCCCUCCCGUCAUACUGCGCGCGGCCGGAAGCGGAAAUGGGUUGUUACGGUCCCGCUUCAGGAUACCACAGUGAGCGGCGGUGAGCCAUGGGGGAAAACAGUCCCGAAGGCAACGUUAUCUACUAUGAAGUGGACGAUGACGAAUUAACCCAAGAUGACAAUAUGAUGAGGUUUGCUGAUAAAAACGGGCUGGUUUCUUCAUCAUCCGGGACGGUCUAUGACAGGACAACUGUUCUCAUAGAGCAAGACAGCGUUCUGGAAGACGACGAGGAUGAAGGACAGUGUGGUGAUCACUUGCCUUUUUUACCAGAGGGUCAUGAAGAAGGAUUUCAUUUAAUUGCAGAUCAUGAAGGAAUGUCCCAGGGUUAUGUGCAACACAUUAUUUCUCCAGAUCAGAUUCACCUAACAAUAAAUCCUGGUUCGACUCCUAUGCCAAGAAACAUUGAAGGCGCAACACUCACUUUGCAGUCUGAAUGCCCAGAAACCAAGCUUAAAGAAGUUAAGAGAUACCAGUGCACUUUUGAGGGCUGUCCACGAACCUAUAGCACUGCUGGAAACCUGCGCACUCACCAAAAGACACAUCGUGGGGAAUACACUUUUGUCUGCAAUCAAGAAGGCUGUGGCAAAGCCUUUCUUACCUCUUACAGCCUCAAAAUCCAUGUUCGAGUGCACACUAAGGAAAAGCCGUUCGAAUGUGAUGUGCAGGGCUGUGAAAAGGCAUUCAAUACACUGUACAGGUUGAAAGCACAUCAGAGACUUCACACAGGGAAAACAUUUAACUGUGAAUCAGAAGGCUGCAGUAAAUACUUCACAACACACAGUGACCUGAGGAAGCACAUUCGAACACACACAGGAGAAAAGCCAUUUCGGUGUGAACAUGACGGCUGUGGGAAGGCUUUUGCUGCAAGCCACCACCUCAAAACACAUGUUAGGACGCAUACUGGGGAGAAACCCUUCUUCUGUCCCAGUAAUGGCUGCGAGAAGACUUUUAGUACUCAGUAUAGUCUCAAGAGCCACAUGAAAGGUCAUGAGAAAGGACAUACCUACAAUGCACUUCCCAACAACAACGUGUCCGAGGAUACAAGCCACUCGCUUUGUCUGAGUGACUUAAGCCUCAUAUCAACAGAUUCAGAAUUGCGGGAGAACUCUAAUCUAACACAUGGACAAGAUCUUAGCACAAUCUCACCAGCAAGCAUCUUUGAGUCUAUGUUUCAGAGCACAGAUCACACCACAAAUCAGGAAGACUCUAAGCAGACAGCUGCCUUGAUUGAAGCUUUUAAUGGUCAUGCAGACUCAGUCACUGCUGUUCCGCCUUCUGCAGGAGAUUCAGCAUCGUUGUCACUUCCACUUGUACUGCAGCUUGGCAUCUCUGAGCCUUCACAUUCAGCACUACAAGCCUCAGCAGCACCUGCUGCUCCCUCCUCCAUAGGAACCAGCUCACAGCAAGCUGCAUUUGGAAAUCCUGCAACUGUUUUACAAUCCCCAGAAGUGCCUGUUCCUCACAGCACACAGUUUGCAGCCAGUCACCAAGACUUCCUGCAGCACGCUCAGACACCACCGCAGCCCAUUGUACAAGGACUUUCAGUGGUUGCUGGGGCAUCUGCCCCAACAGCGUCAAGUGCCACUGACCCCCUGCCAGCUGUAGUUCAGACUGUGCCUGUUGGUGCGAACUCUGUUCUGACUAGUAAUCCAACCAUAACAAUUACUCCUUCUCAGAGCACCGCUAUUCUACAGUCCAGCAUCGUCAUGGGAGAGCAAAACUUGCAAUGGAUAUUAAAUGGUGCCACUGGUUCUCCACAAAGCCAAGAACAAAUGCCACAAGUUCCAAAAGUAGUAGAAAAGGUCUUUUUUACCACUGCAUUACCAGUAGCUGGCAACACAGGAAACCCUGUUCAGCAGAUUGGUCUCAGUGUUCCUGUCAUUAUUAUAAAGCAGGAGGAGGCCUGCCAGUGUCAGUGUGCCUGCCGAGACUCUGCCAAGGACAAAGUCACUGUUAAGAAGGAAAGUUCCUCACCUGAACCGAAAGCUUCGGAGCAGCCAGCUCCCCAGCUGCAGCCUCAGACCUUUCCUUCCUCUUCCUCUUCCCCUUCUCCCUCACAUGGGCAGAGCAGUCAGAUAGUUAACCCUUCAGACUUACAGACUGAAACAUUAAGUGCCAUGGAUGUAUCGGACUUCCUGUCCCUCCAAAGCCCUGAAACCCCAUCUAAUAUAAUUCCAAUCGAAGCACUACUGCAGGGCGAGGAAGAAAUUGGUCUGAAUAGCAGCUUCUCUAAAUGAAGAUGUUCUGGAUUUUCUUUUGCACCUGGAGGGUAAAACCCUCCUCUUAGAAGCAGAAACUGAAGGAUCGAUUCUUUUUCCUUCCUCUUUGGAAGUUUUGUGGCUUAUUUCUGCUUCACAGAUGUCAUCUUAGUCACGUCCCAGGUACAUCCAUCUUUAAGAAUCUAUCUAAAAAUAGAAAAGGCAAAAAAAAAAAAAGAAAAAAAGCUAAGUUAUAUAUGAACUGUUUUGGCUGCACUGUCUGUCACUUUUGCUUGUCAUAUGUGAACACGGAAGUUAAGGUUACUCGUGUGCAAAAAGAUUUUAAAAAGAAAAAGGGGGGUUAGUUUGUCUCCAAUUGCACAUCACUUACAUUUGGGUUUAAGGUACUGGCAGCGAGUGAGUCUUUGUUACAACUCCUUGGGUCUAUGAUUUUUCUAUUGUCACUUGUGUCUGAUACUAACCAUGCACUAUAAGGGGAGCCCAGGAAAAGAAUUUGCUGUAGCAGAAAAUGGUUUCAUUGUAGUAGAAGGUGAUUUAUCUGCAAUUUUAUUGGAAUGUGAUUGUCACGUCACUGAGCUGGGAGUUGAUGCCUGGGCUUGCAUUGUGCUGUGGCUAUUACUAAAGCCUACAGAAGCGUUUGGGGAGCUUAUUGCAGGAGAGCACAAGGUACUUGUGCUCCUAAUAGAUUGGUUCAUUUAAUUUAACUAGGACUUAAAAUGUGGUGGCACAUGUGUGGAAACACUAUGGGAGCCCCUGCUCACUCAGACUCAAGAGUCUGUUUGCCUGUCUUUGAAGGAUGCAGUGAGUUCCAGGUGUGGUCAGAUUGGUGCCUGCUGCUCUUUUGAUUCAUUUGGCUCUGUUCAGAAACAAGUCAUCCUCUUAAACAAGCCCUCCAACCAUUUAAUCAGGAGCACGGUGCCUUUGCUGGUUGCUCUCAUCUUUUCUCAAGAAGAACUCUAGGAAAAUUUUCAGAAUGCUUUGACGUAACUUCGGUUUGGGUUCAGUGAGUUUAUCCUUCAGCUGCCCAGGAAUGCUUCCUCUUUUCUGUUAAGCUAUAUAGGUUUUCUGCCUGAAUCUGCCUCCAACCUAAUGCAAUGCCAGCUUUUUGUGCACGGGGCUAUUUCUUGACUAAAAGACGUUACACGACAUAGUAGUUUUUCAUAUCGAACUGAAAGUCUAUAUUCUAACCUACUCAGGGUAAAUAAAACACAAACCCCCCCUUCCACCAAAAAGCCUGUAAUGUUGCAAUAAAUGCAGUCUCAUUCUAAAUGGUUUAUUUAUGCUGCAUUAUUUUAAAAGAUGUAAUUUUAUAGUAUUUUAUCCAUCUUUCUGGCUUUGGCUGUCAGUCUUUUUGUGUUAAAGGAAAGAAUAUUAAAUAGUCUUUAUUCAGUUUACAGUGUUGUCAUUAGUGAGAUACAAAGAUAACGACUCUAAGCCAAUUAAUGUGGACUGUCUCUGCGCACUAAAUUUAGGAAUGCAACCUCCUAGCGGAUAGAGAUCUUUCACUCUUCUUUGCUCCUAUUUGAUCACAGCCGCUCUCUGCACCCGUGGGGGGGAGUGAUAUGAAUGCAGCCAGACCUCCCCGAGAUACCUGAUGGUUUGUAGCUUUUUAAACUCUCUUGUGACAUUCUCUGUGCAGCCUUACCACACCACUGUCAGUCUUAGCUGAGACAGUGGCUUAAGCUAUCUCACUGUCUUGCAGAUGCACUGCCGCAGCACAGCUGGAAAUGGUCUGAAGGGGACUGGCUUUCCACCUCUCUGACAGCUUGCUUCCAGUUGUUAAAUGCAGAAGGGUACAACAAGGGUUGUCCAUUAAGAUGUGUGUGAGGGAGGAGAGGCUGCGCAAAGUGUUGUGUCACUCUGCUAGGGCGGAACACUCGCUCUUGCUAAUGGCAGUGAUGAGUUUGGAGGCAUCACCUGAACUGGAAACAUGCUGCUGAUGUUUCCUGUCUGGGAGCGCUGGCUUGCGUUGCAGUGCUAUGCAGUCUAUUACAAUGGGGAUGUGGGUCCUGCAGCAAUAAGGUUUGCAUCCAUGAGAUGUGGAUUAACAAAGCAUCUGAUGUUUUUGCUCUUGUAACGGCAAUCCCUUGGGGACAGCGUGGUAGCGUGGCCCCUCUUGUUUUUCUUUUCCCUACAGUGUCAUUUUAUGAUGCAUUUUGAUUGUGUGGCAGCAAGAACUGCUUAGAACACAGAAGGAACAGCCUCAAGUCUGUGUGAGUGGAACUGUCCACCCACAAGUGAGUCUCCUUGCACCUUUCCUUGGCAUAGUGUGGCAGUGGUGCUUGAGGGUGCGUGGAUGUUCUUGUGUGUGCGCAUGUGAGAGUUUGCUAAUGCAGGAGCACAUAGAUUCCCCUUGAGUUGUGGGGUUUUCUCUGAUGGGGACAAGCUGUGCCCUGAAAUGUGACAGCUGAGGGGUUUAGCAACCUCUUCUGAGCCUUUCCAUCCUUCAGGGAAGCAUUUUUCUUUGCUAGUCUGGCUACUUGUGACUUAGUUCACAUAAAACAUGCUUGUGAUUAGGCCAGGUAGCAUCUUCAGAAACUCCUGUGUAGUAGAAAUGAGUGGGGGGGG